GUUACGUCUGGGGAUGAGAGGUGACGGUGCGCAGGCCGCUGGGCUCGAGUUCUGGCGUUGGGGUGUCAGGUCCGCUGAGGGUAGGCCAUAGCUAUAUGCGUCGCUGGAAGGUUACACGGCACCUGGCCAUGUGGAUAUGUACAUGCUGCAAGAGGUGCGUCUUUAGACUUGAAGUAAGGCAUUUCAUAGAUCUAGUGUUUCAUUGAAUAUCUCAAUUAAUGUCUUGGUAUCUAUCUGCAAUUGGAUUCUUGUGUGCAUGUAUAAGAUAUAAGAGGGAGAGAUGCCAGCCACAUUCGGGGGAUUCUUGUGGAAAGAAAUUGGGCGAAUUUGAUAAUCAAAAAGGAACUAGUCGGUCCUCUUCUCCCUUUACUUUUUUUAUUUAUUAUUUAUUGUGUGUGGUUUGUUGGUUGAUUGAUGUUGACCGACCACGGGCAAAAAAGAAAAGCAAAAAGGAAAGCCCAACGCGGGGCUCGAACCCGCAGCCUUGUGAUUAAGAGUCACACGCUCUACCGAUUGAGCUAGCCAGGCUGGCUUGAUGAAA